AUGUUAUUAUAUGAAGAUUUUUAUACAUUAUUAGAUAAUCUAGAUCUAUUAGAAGGGAUGAUGAAUGGAGAAAAAACUUGGUCAACUUAUCUUCCAUUACUUUAUCAUAUAAAUCAAAUUAUUGAACAAAUCAUUUAUGAUAUAUCAAAGCGUGCUGGUAAUAAUCUAGUUGUAGGAAUUUCAAAAACACAAUUUGAAGAUUCUGUAAGAAGUAAUUGGGCUCAGAUUUUUAAUAUACUAAAAGGUUUUGAUAUCAUUGAAACAGACUUAGUUGCAGGUAGCUUCUCUUCUUCUUCGCGAGGACAUGCAUCAGGUCCUAUAAAACAACUUUUUGCGAAACUUAAGAGACAUAGAUUUAAAUAUCCACAACGUUAUUAUGCUUUGAAAACCGCAUAUUUUACUAGAAAUAAUGUGGUUACUCAUCGAACUUUAGUGAGGAAUUACCUAGUUCUCAAAAGGUGGGUAACCUAUGAGAAUAAUGAUGCAAAAGCGAAAAUGGACUAUCAUAGUAAACAUCCUAUGGAUUUAUGUUUUAAUGCUGGUGAAAUCAUCAAAGUUCUUGGCAUUGAGAAUGAAGAUUGGUGGAAUGGAAGUAUACCAAACACAGAAAGGACUGGAGGUUGUAAAUUUGGCUCUUUUCCAAAAAUAUUUGUAGAAGUUGUAGAAUCCGAUAGCGAUUAUCAACAACAAAAAAUUACUAUUUCUUCUAUAAGAAAUAAUAUUAAUAUUAAUUCAAAACCUAGUUUGCCUCCAAGAAAACAGUCAACAAUAAUUUCAUAUGACAACUCUUCUAUUUCUAAGAAUAAUAAAAAAUCCGAUAUAUUCAGUAAACUACCGGAAAUACUGAACAAAUUACCGGAACUAUCUCAAUCUAACAGUUAUUCAACGAAUAAUUCUUCGCGUGAGAGUGUAACUGAAAGAUCUGUUACGCCGACUUUUAUUGAUCACAAUAAUUAUAAUGACGAAUCUUAUGAAAAAUUCGAAGAACUAACGAAUCCUGUCAGUCUAUGUGAACCAGUUAUUACAGAUGAUUUUGAAGGCUUCUUUGAUGCAUCGGUUGUUGAUUUUUCAAUUAUCGAUGAAUACGCGCGAGAAACUCCAGAAUUAGAAACAAAAACGAUAAAAAGAUUGUCUCAUUAUCUUACAUCUGUGUGGGACCACCCUUUAUAUAAGUUACGAGCAAUAUUUGUAUGGGUUACAGAUAAUAUAUCUUAUGACUGUGAAUCAUUUUAUUCAGGACGGCGGACUGCUAAUGGUGCGAAAGAUGUAUUAAAGAGUAGAAUGGCCGUGUGUGCCGGUUAUUCGGAGCUGUUCUAUGAGUUAUCAAAUGCAGCUGGAAUAAAUGUAAUGAAGGUUAAUGGAUUCGCUAAAGGUGCCGGAUAUCAAGUUGGAGAUGAUGUUUCGAGCUAUGGACACGCAUGGAACGCUAUAUUAUAUGAAGGAGAAUAUUUGUUGAUAGAUAGUACAUGGGGAGCUGGACAUGUUAAUAAUAAACAAUUUAAUAAACUUUUUAACCCAUUUUAUUUCAUGUGUUCUCCAAUGAAAAUGAUAUAUAAUCAUUUACCAACAAAUCCCAAACAACAAUAUUUACAACCAACAAUUUCAUCUGAGGAAUUUCUGAACUUACCUUUUAUUAAACCUCAAUAUUUUGAAAACGAAAUAAAUUUUACAAAAUGGCCUGGUUGUAUAGCUGAAACAUCAAAAGAUAAAAUAUCUUUGGAAUUUGAACAAGCAAUGGUCGAAAAAAAUGUUGGUCAUUAUUCUGCUAAACUGGAUUGGAAAGGACAAAGUAUUUUGGCUGUUGUACAAAGGUUAACGCGAUUAAGUCCCAAUGGAGGAAUAUUAUAUAGGAUAUUAUGUAAUAUUCCUAGUAAAGGGGAUGGAAAUCUCUCCUUAUUUUAUUUCCCUCAUGGAUCAAACCAGGGUUCGGCUGUAACAACUUUAAAAGUGGUAAAUUAUGGAACAGGAACAAAUUACAAACCAUUUGUACUUAUAUAUAAUCAACUUUCACUUACAAUUAUGACUCCAUUAGAACAGACACUUGAAUACAACACAAAAGUUAGAUUUGAAGUUAAUGUAUUUGGAGAGAAUCCUACUCCAAAAUUAUUAGUAUAUGAACAAUCAUUUAAAACAAAAAAAUAUUUAAAAAUAAUUGAUAAAAAUGAUGAUCAAGAUUAUGUUACCUUUGUUGGAGAUGUUGUAAUAAAUGAGAAAGGAAAUUGGAAUUUAGCUUAUGAAAGUAGUAAAAAUUAUUAUAGCUAUAUUGCUACAUAUGAAGUCUAA